UUCACAAGUAUUAAUUGCUCUGGCUAUCGGUAAUCUUACUCUUACUUUUGGAAUCUCAUCCCUACGAUGAAAUCUCUAGUAUUUUUCGCACUGGUUCUUGGGGGAGUCUUUUUAAUUGCGUCGGGGGACGUAAAUAUGGAUCGAUAUGAUUCAGUCAAUGUUGAACAAGUAUUGGGCAAUGAGAGGAUCUAUACGCAGCAUUUGAACUGUUUACUUGAUCAAGGACCAUGUAGUCGUCAAGCUCAGUCCCUCAAGGACGUUUUACCUGAGGUCUUGAGAACCAGCUGCGCCACAUGCAGUCCGGUACAAAAGAAAAUGGCCCGGAAGGUGAUCACAUACAUUCAGGCAAAUAAACCCGGUGAUUGGAACCUACUCACAGCAAAAUACGAUCCCAAAGGUUCCUACACGGAAGAAAUCAAGAAAUUUCUGGCCAGUAAUCUGUAAUUGAUCUUAUCAAUGCCUUAGCAAUGCGGAAAAAUCCAUUCGAUUAAAAUCGAUAGCUGCAAUUGGAAUUCACCAUUAGUCGAAACCAAAAGAAUCCGCAUUUACUUUUUUUUCAUCCAGAAGGUGUUGUACUCUCGACAAUGAACAACAAUUAAUUUAACAACAAUAACAGUUCUUUAUUAGCUGGAGGCUUAAUUAUUUAAAUUAUACAUUAUUGGCUCCAGAAUAAAAUCCUUCCAUUUGUAUCAA